AUGGCCGACGAAUUCCCGGAAAUACAGGACGUGGCAGACGUGGCAGACGUUGAAGUCGAAGGAUCCACGCCUACUGAUUUCCUGUCACGCGAAAAAGAACUUCUCGGUGACGAGUUUGCCACUGAGCAAGAUGGUAACAUUGCGCACGAAGAUGCAGAAUUCGAAGAGUUUGAAAGCAGUUUUCCAGCCGUGAGUUCCGCUCCUCAGUACGAGCAGGAAGAGGAAGUGGAGGAAGAAAAGGCCGAGGAAAUACCAGUUUCCUCGUUUGGAAGUCUCAAUUUGGAUGAAAGCGAGCCAAUAAAGGCAUGGAAAGAAAGAAGAACGCUUGAAAUUUCCAAAAGAGACGAGGUUGCGAAGGCUAGGGCAGAAGAAUUAAAGGAUGAAGCCAAGAAAGCCAUCGACGAUUUCUAUGACAACUACAGCAGCAAAAAAGAUAUUUCAAUCGAAGAGACUCGCAAGCAGGAAGAUGCGUUUUUGGCCAAGAGAGACACGUUUUUGGAACGUGGAACCGUGUGGGAUCGUGUGGUUGAGCUAUUGGAGCUGACCAAGAACACCAAUUCGGUGGACACCGCCAAUCACAGAGACAAGACCAGGUUCAAAGAGUUGUUGCUUGCUUUAAAGGGCAAAGAGAAUGUACCAGGAGCCGCUGGUUAUUAG